GCAAUAUUUACAUCGUCUCCGUUCACGUUGAAGCAAGAUCGGAUCCACGUGUUUUUAAUCAGUUGAAAUACUCCUCGCAGUAGGAGUUUUGGAGAAUGCAUCAUGGGCAGCUAUGGGCAGUUGAGCUAUACCUAUGUGGAAGACAUUAACUUCCGUGUCUACACAGAUGAGGAAAUCAGGAAGAUAUCUGUCUUACGGAUCACUAAUGACUUGUCCAUUAAUGAGCUGGGACACUUCUCGCCCGAUGGCUUGUAUGACCUGCGCAUGGGCCCUAUGUCUGUGCGUGAACGAGACCAGUGUCAGACAUGUAGACAAGAGAGCAACCGCUGCCAGGGCCAUUGCGGACACAUCGACUUGCCUCUGCCACUCUACAAUCCCUUCUUCUAUGAUGUCUUAAAGAAAAUUGUGGGGAGAAUAUGCUGGACCUGCUUCAGAUACCAAGCAAAGCCACAUCAAGCAGUGCUGUUGGUGAACCAGGUUCAGUUGCUAAAGGAAGGCUAUGGGCAAGAGGCUCUAGAAAUGGAAGAAAUUGCCUCCAGAAUCAUCUCAGGAGAAGGUGGAGAGGCUGAUGAGGUAAAAGUGGGUCUGGAUGACAAGGAUAUAAAAGGAAGUGAAAAGGGAUAUCCACACAUGGUAAUGAUGAGGAAACUUGACAAAGAACUAAGCAAUUUUUACAAAAAGGUUAUUGCAGGUGGGACGUGCAGCUCUGACACAUCAACAUCAAAUGUGAAGGCCGUCCACCAGCAAGUCACAAGGCACUUCUAUAACGAAAGUCAGCCCAAGCUUUCGUGCCACUUCUGUCGCACCAGGAGACUGCGGUUGACACUUCAGAAUUCCAGGUUCAUGGUGGUCAACAAGUCAGCCACAACUAUAAAAAAUCAGAAUUUGAAAGAGAAGAAAGCAGCCACACCUCAAAAACCCAAGGCUAAGGCAAAGGCCAAGCCAAAGUGGAAGGAGAGUGUUUUUUCCGAUGAAGAUGAGUCCGAUGGAUAUGAUGAUGCUGAGGAUAAAAAUGUUGAUAUGGAAGAGGCCAGCCCAGAGAAAGUUAAGGAGGAGGAGGAAGAGAGUUUAGAAAAGAAUGCAGAGGGAAAUGAUGAUGACGACACAGAGCCAAAGGAGGAAGAGGAAACUAUGAAAGAUUCCAGUUCGAGUAUUGUGUCAGACGCGCAGUCUUACGUGACACCUGAGCAGGUACGAAAUGCUCUACGAAAAGUUUGGCUCAAAGACAACGAGUUACUGAAGCACCUGUAUCCCAUUCUGGGCUGUUCAGAAUGGGAAUACCCCACAGACAUGUUCUUUUUGCACACACUGCUUGUGAUUCCUCCAAGAUACCGCCCCUGUGACUUCCAGAAUGGGAUGACGGUGGAACAUGAAACAAGCACUCUCCUGAAGAGUGUUGUAAAGCUGUCAAAGUGCCUCACUUUCCUUAUGUCUCUAGUGAAUGGCACCUUAAAGGAGAUUCCUGAAACUCUCAACUACAUUAUCUCUGAGAUUCCUGGAAAGAAUCCCCUUGAGAAGAGUCAGACUGUAUGGUUCCAAAUGCAAGGGAAUGUAGACAACAUCUUUGAUGCCGAUCUCAAUCGCCUGGCCAGGACCACAACCAAGGGGAUUAGACAGGUGAUUGAGAAAAAGAAUGGCCUUUUCCGACGGAACCUGAUGGGCAAACGUGUCAAUUACUCAGCAAGAUCAGUGGCUGCCCCUGAUCCUCUCCUUGCUGUAGAUGAAGUGGGUGUACCCAUGGAUUUUGCUAUCCGACUCUCGUACCCAGUGCCUGUAACACAGUGGAAUGUGGAGGAACUGAGGCAGCUGGUAAUAAAUGGAGCAUAUGAGUACCCCGGAGCGUUGAUGGUUGAGGAUGAAGAGGGCAGUAAGAAGCGUCUCACAACACUGGAUAAGAACCAGCGUAUUGCCAUAGCUAAGCAGUUACUCACCCCAAAAGAAUCACAUGUAAGAAGAGUUAAUGCUACCAAAAUUGUCUACAGGCACUUGCAAAAUGGUGAUUUAGUUCUCAUGAACCGUCAGCCAACCUUACAUAGGCCAAGUAUACAAGCUCACAGAUCGAGAAUUAUGCCAAAGGACCGUGUGUUGCGUAUGCCUUAUGCCAAUUGCAAAGCCUACAAUGCUGAUUUUGACGGGGAUGAACUCAACAUGCACUUCCCUCAAAAUGAGCUGGCACGCAGUGAGUCCCACCACCUCAUCACAACCAAAAACCAGUACCUCACUCCCAAGGACGGCUCUCCUCUGGCAGGUCUCAUCCAGGACUGCGUUGUGUCUAGUGUAAUGUUGACCAUGCGUGGGACAUUCUUCAGCAAGGAGGACUACCAACAGUUACUCUACUCAGCACUUGCUGAAGAGACCAGGAAGAUCGAAAUCCUCCCGCCGGCUAUUUUGAAGCCAAAAAUGCUGUGGUCUGGAAAGCAGGUCAUUUCCAGCCUUCUUCAUAACAUCAUCCCUAAGACAAAGGCCAGACCUUCUUUUAGCUUCAGAACUUCAGUCAAAGUGGAUUUGUGGCAAACAGAUGAACCCAGAACAUGGAAAGCAGGUGGGAAGCCAGAGAAAAGGAAAGAGUGCAUGACAGAAUCAGAUUUUGUCAUGCGAGAUGGUGAACUCUUGGCUGGAGUGAUAGACAAGAGUGCCAUAGGAUCUACUAGCCACGGCUUGGUUCACGUUUGUUAUGAUCUUUAUGGUGGGUCAGUUGCAACGAGAGUACUAACAGCCAUCAACAGGCUGUGUGUGUACUACUUACAGUGGUCAGGUCACACCAUUAGCGUAAAGGAGUUUGUCACAUCAAAAGGUCUCAGCAAGAAGCGAAGGGAAAAUCUAGCAGAAUUGGUCAAGAAAGCCCCAAGCAAAGUGAGUCAGAGGCUUCAUAUCACAGAGAACGAUUUUAGAGAUUACUUUGAAAAUUCACACAUGUCUGGGAAUGAAAAGGAUAUGGCUGCCAUUGAUGCAGCUUACACAGCUGCCCUGGGUCCCACCACCUCAGAGAUCACAGCAGAAAACGAGAGAGGACUUCUCCGUUGCAGCCUUGACAACCACAUGAGAAUGAUGGUGGACACCGGUGCAAAAGGUUCAAAGGUUAACAUGAACCAGAUGGCUUCACUCUUUGGAUCUGUGGCCAUUGACGGCAAGAGAAUGCCCAUAAGCAUUACAGGGAAGUUUUUGCCAUCAUUCAAACCUUAUGAAGCCAAUCCACGCGCUGGAGGUUAUAUCCCCCAUCGCUUCAUGACAGGGAUGGAUCCUGAAGCAUAUUUCUACUUGUGUAUUGUAGGCCGUGAUAGUUUACAACAUACAGCUGUAAAGACAGCCAACAGUGGUUAUUUACAGCGAUGUCUUAUCAAGCAUUUGGAGGGGAUACAGGUCAAAUAUGACAUGACCGUGAGAAAUAGUGAUGGACUUGUAUUACAGUUCAAUUACGGAGAAGAUGGACAGGAUGUGACAAAGGUUCCCUUCCUGAAAAGUAGCACCACCAUGAAUGUGUUGGUAGAGAAUUACAGUCGACUUUUAGAAGACCGCUCACUUACCAUUGCCAAGUCUGUAGGGGACAAAGAAGAAGUAGACCACUACACAAAGAAGCUAAAGAAAUGGCGUAAGAAGUAUGGCAAGGAGGGUAGCGGUCGGCGUUCUGGGUUCCUCAAGUUCUGCAAAAAGAUGUCAAAGACGAUAGAAGCCCCCGGGUACUGCAAUGAUACAGGCCGUCCUAAUUCAUAUAAAGUACUUCAGGAAAUGUGGGCUGAGCUGCCAGAAGAGGAGAAAUUAAAGUAUGAGAAAGUUGGUGCACAUUGCCCGGACCCAGUGAAUUCAGUAUUUUCUGGUGCAGCCAAUCUUGGUGUUGUAUCAGAAGCUUUGGAACAGCUCAUUGAUGAUUACUAUGAAAACCACUAUUCAAAGAAACCCACUCAGGAGCAAAAGCUAACAUAUGAGGAGGUGGCAACAACAGUUCACAUGAAGGCUUUAACAUCAAAGGUUGAUCCUGGUGAGGCAGUUGGUGCGCUGUGUGCUCAGGCCAUUGGUGAACCACUGACUCAGAUGACACUCAACACUUUCCAUUUUGCCGGAAGGGAUGAGCUUAACGUUACUCUUGGUGUGCCUCGGAUGGUGGAAAUCUUGCGAACUGCUGGGAAAAACAUCUCGACACCAAUCAUGGAAGUACCUUUCCAUAAGAGUGUCACAAAGGCCUAUGCAACUGCCCUGCAGAUUAAGCUCACUGAAGUCCCAUUAGCUAAAGUUCUACAUGGACUAGAUGUCAGUGUACAGCUGGAAAGGGAUGGAAAGAACAGAAUUCAUCGCUCAACGAAGGUGAAAUUCACCUUCCUCCCUCACAAGCAGUACAAACACGUGUGUGCUGUGAAUCCCUCCCGAGUGCUACAGUACAUGGAGCGUCAGUUCAUUCCAAAAAUAAUGACGAAAGAAAUUCAUAGAUCAUUUAUGAAAAAGAAAUCAGCAUGUUCAACAGCCCUAGAUCAAAAAAGAGCGGAGAGAAAAGCACGUGAUGAAGAAGACGACGCUGAAGUCAAUGAAGAGGGGGAUACCAAAGUGAUAGAGGAGCAGAAACAAGCGGCAGAUGAGAGCUCUGGUGAUGAAGAUGAAGAUGAGCCUGAGGUGGGUGCGGAUGACGGCACGUUGGCCUCUCGCAACACAAAAGCAAAGGAGCAAGACUACUCAGAAGACGAGGGGGAGAAGGAAAGCAGAGAGCAAUCAGAGAAUGAAGAAGAACCCGACAACAAUGAAAUGUCGGAGGAUGAAUUAAUGCCAGUAAAUGUCAAAACUCCCAAGAAGAAAAAGGGUACUGCCAUCAGUGAAUCUACAGUACGGUUUAGGAAGAGUGCGGUUACAGAUGCAGAUGCUUGGAUAGUCGACUACAGCUUUGACACAGAAGAGGAACUGUGGUGUGAGGUUACCAUGCUCUUGCCUCUGGCUGGAGGUAACUAUGACAUCCCAUCCAUUGUGCGGCAAAAGUCUCAACGCUGCCUAAUUCACAGUGUUCCCGGGAUUAAGCGUGUUUUUGUUGUGGAGAAGGAUGACGGGUUAUUGCUGAGAACUGAGGGAGUUAAUAUAUUUAAAAUGUUUGAAUAUGAGCAUCUCUUAGAUGUGAAUCGUCUCUACACCAACAAUAUUCACCAAGUAGCUGAGAUGUAUGGGAUAGAAGCCGCACAGCGUUCAAUCAUAAGGGAAUUGCGGGCUGUACAAUCUGCAUAUGAUAUCAAGGUCGACUUCCGCCACUUAACCCUCCUGGCUGAUUACUUUACCUGCGAGGGGGUUUACAAGGCCUGUUCCCGCCAGGCUCUGGCUACGUGCCUUUCUCCACUACAGAAGAUGUCUUAUGAGACUUGUAUAGCUUUUCUCAAAUCAGCACUUUUACAAGGAGAGAAAGACCGAAUGCUGUCACCAUCAGCAAACAUUGCUGUUGGACAACCUGUUAAAGUAGGCACAAAUGUUAUGCAUGUUCUGCCUCUAAUUAGAUAAUGAAAUGUAUGUAUGUAAUUGUAAUUGAGUCAGCAGAAAAUAUUUGUAAUGUUUAAAUCUGUUAAAUUAUAAAAAUAUAUAUAUGCUCAAGUACGUUAUUCCCCACAAUUUUGGAUUUUCAUGGAAUACUAGCAUUAAUAUGAUGAAAAUCAUUAAUUACCUAGUGCCUUCCAUUAAAUGAUAAAAGUAAUUACCAAAUCAAAGAAAAUGUCUUUUUUCCAAUUCUUGUUAUUUGCAUAUUUCUGGAGAUCAGUCCAGCAGAUUUUCACUGAAAGCAAAUUGUAUUUCUUUCCUAAUAAAAGUAUCAAAUACUAA